AUGACAAACCUGGUACUCUUGGUGGACCAGACCCAAGUGGCUAUUGACGAACGAGAGCGGCUGACGCUGCUGGGAAUCAAGGCGGCGGAGUCGGACGACCGCGACAUUGAGCGGGCGCUGGAAAACAUCAAACAGGGCCUUUUGGACAACCGACAAGCAGCAACCCACGGAAAGGAUGUUGGAACCCUGACCCGAGUGCGAGAGGACUACCACAACCUGGUGCAGGCGUACGAGAAGAUCAGUGACACGGAUCUGCCGGACUUGUAUCUCAACGAGUCGCUGUUCGUCAGCAAAAAGAAGUCGGUCAAGUUCCGAGACAACAACCUGGAGGAAACCAGUGGUGCCCAUAGUCUCAACGACCAGCACCGAGACUUUGAACCAUACCGAGACGACCCCGAGGCCCUGAUUCCCGAGAGAUACACAGACGAAGAGCCCAGCCCAGCAGCCCGAUUCGAGGGGCUGUCGACACAGCAGGUUGUGUACUCGCAAAGAGAAGACAUGGGCGAGCAGGACGAGCGACUGAGUACUCUAGCUCAGUCGGUUUCUCGCCAGCAUCAGCUCAGUCUGCAGAUUGGAGCCGAAGUCGACUCCCAUAACGUCAUGCUGGACGAUAUUGAGGCCCAGGUGGACAACAGUGACGGACGUCUGAAUCUGGCUCGACGACGACUGGACGACUUUUCGCGACGAGCCAAGGAGUCCGGCUCGCUGCUGACCAUCAUAAUUCUGGUCUUCAUUCUCAUUAUCUUGAUUGUAUUGUUGAGCUAG